ACAACAAAAUGUGGAAUUAGUCAAGGGGUAUGAAUUCUUUCUGAAGGCAUGGUACAUUAAUCUCCUCUUCCUUUAAUUAAUUGCAGACAUGACAAUGUUGGAUUAGUGAUAGCAGUAUGGUGUAUUCUAUUUUUGGUGUACUUUAGUGAUCUAGGGAGGCAAUGAUUGAUCUAAACUUCAGAUUUGCACCAGUAGUGCUGUAGCAGCGCCACCAGCUCUGCAGUCUACUACAUGUAGGUCUAUAUGCUGGGCUAGAAUAAAAAAUAUACAGACACUUGAGGACCUCCAAGAAUAGAUUGGGAAAUAUUUAUCCAAUCUGUAGGAUUGCGAGGACCUGUGUCUUCCGCUCCAGCAGGGGGCGACAAUGCAAAAUGUACUAUGCCGUGUACGCACGAAUACUGACAGCGCUCUUUGUCUUCUUGACUUUGUUUACGUUGGUAGCUAGCUGGCUGACUUAGCUGGCUGACAGCUUUCCUAAUUAAAAAAAUGUCUAAAAUGGAUUUCUUGAGAGUGUUUCUCAACCAGAAAUUGAUAGCGGCAGCUGAGGAGAUAUUUGGUGUCGUUGAAGAAACGAUAGCAGAGUACCAGGAAGAGGUUUCUCUCACAAAGGAGGAGAACAGGCGUCUACGGAGCAUGCUGGAUAUUCGUUCUAAGCCACAGAUCAAGUUACAUAGACGAGCAGACCUCCAGCAGCUCACUGUCGCUGUGUCUGAUGAGCAGCAGGAGUGGAGCCCCAGUCUGGGGCAGAAGGACCCAGAACCCACACGGAUGAAAGAUGAACAGGGUGAACCAAGAACCAGUCAGGAGGAUGAGAAUAAUUUCAAUGAGUUUAUCAAUUCUUACGGCUGUGCAUCAAGUGGCUAUUAUCAGGACCCAACUCAGCCCUCACAUGGAGAGAGAUACUCUCUACCCAGCACCUCAACUGAACAGAUCAAAACAGAACCUUAUGUAGAAGACUAUGGUGUAUCAGAACCAACCAGAGAGCCACAGCCCUUCUCUGCAGUAGAUACAGAGUGUUCUGCAGCUCAGAGUGAAAACAGAAGACAUAUUGACAGGAUGGAGUGUGGAGGACCUCUGUCAGGUCUAAUGUUAAAGCCACUCAAAUCAAAGAGAACAAAGACAGUAAAAGGACAAAGUUGUCAUAGUGUUAAGGACAGGAAAUUGAACCAUCUAAAAUCACACUCGAGACCCAGUGUAAGCUGGGAUGCUGCUCCUAGUUGUAAGGUAUGUGGAAAGCAAUUUGACUCCAUGGCGUCUUUAUUAAAUCAUGUGCAAACCCACACACAGGAUAAAGAACAUCUUUGUGGUGUGUGUGGAAAAUUCUGUCAGUCCACAGAAAGUAUGAUGGAUCACCUACAAACUCACAUUGGAGCAAAGUGUUGUCAUAUUUGUGGUAAAUAUUUUGCUUGGGAUACUUUCCUGAAAAGGCAUUUGAGGAGUCAUACAGGGGAGAAGCCGUUUCACUGUCAAGAUUGUGGCAAAGGAUUUACUCAGCGUGGACACCUAAACUUACAUAUGAGGAGCCACACAGGGGAGAAACCACAUCAAUGCCAGGAUUGUGGCAAAUGUUUCAGCCAGAAUACAUCUCUGAUUGUGCACAUGAGGACUCACACAGGGGAGAAGCCAUACAUGUGUCCUGUGUGUAGAAAAUGCUUUACCACAUCAAGUAUGUUGAAGAAGCAUCAGACAGCUCACAAACAUAUAGGUGCCAUGAAUGUGGCCAAUGCCACAAUGGAUUCAGACCAUACCGAGUCACGUGAAGAGGGUUUACUAGAAGGAGAACAAAUGACUGUGCCCUGUGUGGGGGGGAGAGAAUCGGACAGCAGACUGAGAGACAUGUGAGAGGAGAAUCAGGACAUAGCCCUCCUCGGGACACUGCUCUCUGAUUAAUAUCAUGUUCUAACAGAGAGCAGUUAGUGGGUUUCUGAGCAACAGGAGUCCCUGCCCAUUAGUUAUAGGAUGACACAGAGGACAUGAUGUGAUCCACUGUUCUGUCUGUAUAUAAACCUUGCAUUGUUCUUGAGAGUAAUAUGUCACAAUAUAUCUGCCCUGAUGUUGCAAACAGCCUAGUUUUCAGAAUGUUUGUUCCCUUUUGUUUAAUGUGUCAAGAUCUUCCGUACACCAAAUGUCAUACUUACCUCUGAGCCUAAUGCCAAAAUCCACCAAGGGAAAAAAAUUAAUUUAAUGUGUAUUUACAUGUAUAGAGAAUUGGUAUGAGUUAUGCUAUGUUCAAUGGGAUCUAAAUAUACCAACUGAAAUGAUAGCUGCUUCUUUCAACCAACCCAGAUAUUGUACAUUCCCAGGCAUACAUUAAGUACUACAUAAUAAAUGGCUGAUAAUGUG